AAUGAAUGUUGGUUUCUCCUAUACUACGGCCAUCAUUUAUGAUUUGGUUGCAUCUUUAUAGUUUCCUGCAUUCAAUAAGUUUCUUUUUUUGUUAUAUUGGCUAAGUUCUUAUAUCUACUUUGUAUGCUCUCGUCAAGUUCUCCAAUUUGAGGAUUAUGUAUUUGUUUUAACUUUUAACUCAAUUAGUCUUUACUUUUCAUAUUCUAAGGUUACCCCAGUUUCAUAUAAUGGCGAGGAGUGAUAGAUUCAGUCAACUCCCAGAAGAUAUAUUGGACCAUAUUUUGGGAUUCUUGCCUAUACAAGAUAUUGUUAGAACCACAGUUUUGUCUACCAUAUGGAGAGAUCUAUGGUUCACUCUAAGGCAGCUCUGCUUUGAUCGUCGGUUCUUUAGCUACAUUGACAAAAAAAAUCGGACUAGCAAAUAUGUAAAGAAAUCCUGCGCUUUCUAUAUAAUUAACAAAGUUCUCUUGCAGCACAAGGGAACAAUUCAGAAAUUUGCCAUUGAUUUAUCUCAAGUUUGGAAAGUUAGUAUAAGGUCUCGAUCUUUUGAUUUUGAUCAAUGUUUAGAUCUAGUCGUACGUAAUGGUGUUCAAGAAGUCCACCUUCAAUUCUGGGGUGAAUCAUACAAGCUGCCAAAUUGUAUAUUUUCAUGUUCAACAGUCAAGAGCUUGCAUCUUUGUCGUAUCAAUAUUGUACCAAUAGAUUUUCCUCACACACUACCGUAUCUCACCUCACUAUAUUUUGAAGAUAUUCGUUUUGGUCCUGCUGAUCUGCCAUAUUAUGUCAUUGAUGUUCCCAUGCUAAAGAACCUGUCAUUUAGCAAUUGUGGGGAUAUAUCACCCUUCAAAGUUACUGCUAGAAAUCUUUGUAAUUUGACAAUUAAAGAUUGUUGUAGUAGCCAAUUGUGCAGCAUUUUCCCACUUGCCUCUAACUUGAUAUCUAUUCGUACGCUUGAUUUGCACUGCGAAUCUCUCCAGGUAUAUCCCUAAUUAAAUUUUUUCUUUUGAACUUUGG